AUGGUUCUCUUCAUAGAUGAAGCCCAGGGUGAUGUUGGGGAGAAGCUGUGGGUCUCUGUUGACCUCCUGGAUGGCAAAUGUCAAAGCCAGAAUGUGUUGGUAGUUCUUGGGAACAGAGUCGUAUCCAAAAACUACCAGCAAUUCAUGGCCUUGGUGUUUGCAGUCACAGAGGUCAACAAGGAUCUGGUUCUCCUCUCCAACAUCACCCUUGGCUUCCAUAUCUAUAGCAAUUUUCAGUCUGAGAUGGAAAUUUCCAUGAUCAGCCUCUCCCUGCUCUCCACACGAGGCCAAAUGGUUCCAGGUUAUAAAUGUGACAGGAAGGACCCUCUGCUCUCUGUCGUUGGAGAUCUCAACCCCAGAUCCUCCAGGCAGAUGGCCUCCAUCUUCAGUACCUUCAAGGUCCCACAGAAGGUGCCCUUUGCCAGGUGUGGCAUGAAGAGAUGCCAGGCAGGAGAGAGGAGAAGAGUUCCAGAGGGCAAGCAAGUUUGCUGCUACCACUGUGACCCUUGUCCAGAAGGGACCAUUUCUAAUCAGACAGACGCAGCUCGCUGUGACUCCUGCCCAGAAGACCAAUGUCCCAACAAGGACAAGAACCACUGCAUUGCCAAGAAGAUCCAUUUCCUUUCCUAUCAUGACACCCUGGGAUACAGUUUAGCAUCUAUUGCUCUUUUCCUCUCUGUGACCACGUCUGCAGUUCUGGUGAUUUUCUCUAAAAAUCUCAACACACCGAUUGUCAAGGCCAACAACCGAGAUCUUACCUACAUCCUCCUGGUCUCCCUCCUGCUCUGCUUCCUUUGCUCCUUCCUCUUCAUUGGUCGACCAGGGAAGCUCACAUGUCUCUUCCGACAAACUGCCUUUGCCAUUCUCUUUUCCGUUGCGGUUUCCUCUGUGUUGGCAAAAACUGUCAUGGUGGUUCUGGCCUUCAUGGCCACCAAGCCAGGGAACAGGACAAGGAAAUUCUUAGGAAAACCAUUGACUAACUCCAUUGUCUUAGCCUGUCCCCUGAUCCAGGCUGUUCUUUGUACCACCUGGCUGGUAACCUCUCCCCCAUUUCCCAACUUUGAUUUCCUCUCCUUAGUAGGAGAAACCAUCUUGGAAUGUAAUGAAGGCUCAGCUUUGAUGUUUUAUGCUGUUCUCAUCUAUCUAGGUUUCCUGGCCCUCAUCAGUUUCACAGUGGCCUUUCUGGCUAGGAAAUUGCCUGACAGCUUUAAUGAAACCAAGUUCAUUACUUUCAGCAUGCUGGUCUUUUACAGUGUUUGGAUCACCUUCCUCCCCACCUACCUGAGCACCAAAGGGAAGUCCAUGGUGGCCGUGGAGAUCUUCUCCAUCUUGGCCUCUGGGGCUGGUCUCUUGGCUUGCAUAUUUUUCCCCAAAUGCUAUAUUAUUCUAUUUAAACCCAAUCUGAAUUGUAGAGAGAAUAUAAUGAGGCACAAGGAUCUCUGA